AUGACGAGAUGCUCCGCUUGUACGCUGGACGAGCAAGUCUACGACGACCUGGCCAAGCACAAGCCCAGUUCCAUGAAAGAGCUCAUGACCCGGAUCAAAGGGUGGUGUCAGUUAAUCGAAUCCAAGUCUGAGAGAGGCAUCGGGAAACCUACGAGCACAAAGGUCACAAUAGUCUCUGUAGCUGUCCCAACUGCCACGCUUGCACCGACCCCCAAAAAGCAGGUUAACAACAUCAAACUAUCUUCGAAGAGAGGACCGAAGCCGAGCGAUUUCAAUGCCAAGAAAAUUGUCUUCACUGUCCCAAUCUACUGGAUCAUUGAUCAGGUCAAGGAUCAGCCCUUCUUCUCCUUCCCGAACCAGAAACUUGGCAUCGAGAAAGGGAAGACCAAGAACCCAAUCAUCCGAUGCAGCUACCAUAAUGAGCAAGGCCACUUUACCACUGCAUGCAAACCCUUUAAGGCUUACUUGGAGCAACUUGUUACAGGCGGUCACCUCGAUAAUCCCAUCGACCACGACAAAACUCGAGCUUGGGCACAACACGUCAAGGCCCAAAGUGAAGAAGAAAUCCAAACGAUCCACGUUAUUCACGGUCCUCUGAAUGCCGAAGCCACUUGUGACAUCCGCGCCGAGCUCAAUGAUGCCUCGUCCUCCAAGCAUGUCAUGUUGGUUGGCCUCAAGCCCAAGUGUGCCCGUACCGAAGACGUCUCCAUGUGGAUUAUCUCAUUCACCAAGAAGGAUCUAGACAGCGUCCAACUCCCGCACAAUGAUGCCCUCGUGGUCACGCUUCACAUCGGGACUUUCAACGUUUGGCGCGUCCUUGUUGACCAGGGUAGUUCGGCAGAGGUUAUGUACUAUUCUCUGUUCAAAGACUUGAAGCUCUCUGAGAACGACCUUCGUCCCUCCGUGGUACCCCUAAUUGGCUUCAACAGAGCUCCGGUGUGGCCAAUUGGCAUGAUCACCCUUCUCGUUCGCGUCGGCUCGGUAACUCACGAUAUGGAAUUUGUUGUGGUGGACGUACCUAGCCCUUACAACGCUAUUGUCGGGUGCACUUGGCUCUAUAAGAUGAAGGCUAUUGCCUCCACUUAUCACCAAGUGGUCCGGUUCAUUGGCGCUUAUGGACGUCAAGACGACCUUUACGGAGACCAAACUGCUGCCAAAAGAUGCUAUGUCAAUGCCAUCCGAAGUAGCAAACAGACAUCCCGGGUCAACCUCAUUGAGGUCCCCGACGCUCCAAUUCUUGAGCACGUCGGUAGAAGAGCCGAUGAGAAAGCAAUUGAAGACCUUGUCACCAUCCCCAUCAACGAGGUUGGUUCUCAUUUCUUCCUUGUCGGUUCCUCACUUAGUGAUACCAAGAGGAACAUCGAAGUAUUCGCUUCGACAAUAUAUGAGAUGCCCGGGAUCGAUCCCUCGUUCAUCUGUCAUGAGCUCAAUAUCGAUAGAAGCAAGCGUUCGGUUGUGCAGUGGGCAAGGCGGUCCUCCCGGAUCCAUUCCGAGGCCGUCAUCAAAGAAGUUAACUGA